UUUAGGCCAAAAAUUCUGAAAUCACAUUAAACUUUUCAAACAGUUAAGUCCAAGGUACAUUUUCUUACUGCCAGCUUAAGCUUCAGCUCUGUCAAACCACUAUUCUCACUUUCUCAUUAACUCAAAUGUAAGCCAAAAUCUCCCUUCAACCUGUCCAUAAGUGUCCACGGACUGGGCAGAACUUGGGAGUUAUAUUGAGCUCCUAAAUGAAGCGUAAAACACAGGUCUGAGUCCUAGCCACAGGAGGGGAGGGAGGGGGCAGAGCUGAGGUGUAGUGAGAAUGAAGUUUUAAUGUGAUCUGACAGUGAGGAACAGAUGGACAUCAUCACGGCAUUUUGGUGCAGAGAAGCAGAUUUCUGUGUGGACAGUUCACAGCAAGAAGCCAGGAAACUGACUUUUAACAACCAAUACAUAAAGUAUAAGAGGAAAAUGUGGAGUUACAGAAUAGAAAAGAUUCAAACUGUUGAAUGUUACAUCUAAUAUAAUGCAAAUCUAUGCAAGGAUGUAGUAGAGUGGUAUAGCCUUGAAGUAUUUGAGUAUACACUAUCAGUCAAAAGUUUUAUUAAAAGUUUUAUUACUUUCUAUAUUUUGCAUACAUACAAAAGACAUCAAGUAUAUAAGCAAGACAUAUGGAAUUAUGUAUUUAAAAAAAAAAGUUACUUAACUUUGUUCCUUUGCUACAUAAUUCCAUAUAUCUUACUUCAUAUAGUUGAUUGAAUGAGAUGGUGUAUCCAAACUUGAUUGGUAGUGCAUAUUUUAGCUAACUGAAAAAUGUAACUUUCAGUUACAAUUACCCACGAGCAUUCAAAAUAAUGCAAAGCUUAAAAUAAUUAACAUCCAAAUACAAGUCACUGAUCACCGUGACUUGUCUUGUCAGUAUCAGGAUGUGGUCACUGCUUUGACACAAUAAUAUGUUCUAAAGCACCUGGUGGAGUUUUUAAACAUGCAAAGUAUGUUUAUUUGUCAGUGGACAAUCUCACUGUUUCACUUCUUGUCAUAUGCUUUUAAAUAAUGACUAAGAGUUGAAGUAAGUUAAUCCUGUUUAAUGUAAUGAUAUGCCAGGACCGUCCAUGGUCACUUGUUUGUUUAGGGGAACAUUUUAAACAGGUGACGGAUACUGAUCUCGUCACAGAGUAAAGAACAAAAGCUCAUUACAAAAAUGUUAGUCUUUAUAUAGUGGCUAUAGCUAUGUUAUGAAAGAGCUUUGAUAAUGCUGGAUUAUAACCCUCCGCGUCACAAAUGGAUGCAGAGAGUUGUUGUUGCUUUAUAUUUGUAGUUUUUGACUAAAGUAAUUUUCCAGUACAACUUGAACUGGUUGGUAACCACGUAUUUCCAUGGUUACCAUGUUGUUUAUUUUUCUUUUAUUGUGAAACCGGAAGUCCGCGCUUCUUUCCGUUCACUUCACCCCCUCCGCUCCAGCUCUGCGCUCAUCUCAGACCGUGUAUAGUCUAUGGUUACUCUGCUCUGAAGCGCAUUUAAAGGACGCCCACUGCUACUCGGCAUCUCUCUACAGGCUCCACAUUAGGACUGAACUAACCCGUGAGGUUUUUUACUCUCACAGCAAACUAGACCGAUGUAACGUUAUUUUCUGAAGCAUCAGCCAAGGUAAAUGGGAAAGAUGUCGCUGCUGUCGCCGGGGCUCCGGUCCUCUACCAGCUGCUGCCUGUGCUGCCAUGUCCGCACAGGGACCAUCAUCCUCGGUGUCUGGCACAUGCUUUUCAAUGUUGUGGUGUUGACCAUCGUGCUCCCUGCACUGUGGGAUCCACACAUGUACCAACUGAUCAGCACAGAGUUUUCCAGUGGCCUGGAUGUCAUAGAUGACGACAAUACAUUAUACAUUGUCUCAGCCAUUUCUUUGCUGAUGAUAAUCAUAAGUGGAAUGGCUACAUACGGCGCUUUCAAGUUGCGAUCAUCUUGGAUUAUCCCAUUCUUGUGCUAUGAGUGUUUUGAUUUCUGUCUGAACACUCUUGUGGGUCUGUGCCUUAUUUUUAACCCCAGCACCAUCCAGGACUAUGUUAAACAGCUGCCCAAUAAUUUCUUGGACAAAGAAGUUGACAUGGAUUACAUGGCCGACGCUGUGGUGUUUUUUAUCGCCUGUAUUCUCAUAGUCAAGGCCUACCUAAUUUUAUGUGUGUGGAGAUGCUAUAUGUAUGUGAGCAGCUGGGGCACUGCAGAAACACUGAGUUAUAUCACCACCAAUGACACCACAAUGCUGAUUCCUCCAUAUGACGAUACUGUGUCUUUCCCUCCUGAGAAGUCUCCUCCUCCUUCAUACGCCACUUCUAUCUCAGCUUGAACCAUAGGCAUAUCCCAGGACCCGGUCUGAAUAAAAACCCAGCAAACAUCUCACUGCCUCUCAGUUCACCUCACAGGAAGGAUAUAUGGUUUAUAAUGGGCACUGAGGUGACACCCCUCCAAUAAAUCAUACAAAUUACAGUAAAUUAGUAAAAUUACACUAACAUUAAAAUUGUGAGAUAGUUUGGUAAUAGUGUUUAAAUAAUACAGGAUUUCUGUCAUCAACAGUUGUUAGAAAAUAUAGCCUGCUUGUUUAGCAUUGGAAAACAAAAUCCUUUUUAAUUUUAUUCUGAAAAUAUUUUACACAUCGAGUUGUAUGGUCACUGUAGGCAGUUUUACAUGGGUGGCAUGUUUAGGUUGAAUUUAAGUUAUUUUACCCAAAAAGGUUAAAUCUGUGGGGAAAGGAUUUCCAAGCAUGAAAUGUUUUUUUAAGUUCUAAGUAAUAUUCAAUGCAAUUGUAAUUUUGGAUUACAGGCAGUGAAAAUUUAACAAAAGAUUAAAUUUAACCAUUAUAUUCUACAAUUAUGUUCUUGUACAAUAUUUCUCCUGUCACACAACAGACAGUUACUGCAUUUAGUUUAAAGCUCUGUAAAUGCAAAUAGGUCUAAUUUACUUUAGUACCUGUAUUGAGUUAAUCACUUUUUUGAUGUUCUUGGCUACAACAUAAGGCUAAGGUAUUUGUGUUUGCUCCUGCUCAUAUUGUAUUGCCUUCAUCAAAAUCUUUCACUGACAAUGAUGUGAACUUUAACUUAUUUAUAAGUGUCGUAUUGACCAUAAGCUCCCAAAGUAAAUGGACCUGCCCAAAUCUGAUGUGAUGCAAUGCACAGCCUAGUAUACACCAAACAUAUCAUGCAUAAUAUUAUUUUGUUUGUGUUGAGUUGACCUCCAUAAAUUAAAUAUAUAUAUUUUUUUGUUUAUUGUAAGAGUUUCUGGGCUACUUGUGUAUACCAGAAGUCACUGAUCUGGCAUCAGUUUGUCUAUAAAGUCACAUUGUGCAGACUGUUGUAAGAGUUGCAUGUUUUAGGGUCCAAUAAAUAUGUAAUGUUCAGGUAAUUACGGUUCUUUGAGCGAGGGGAGGAUGGAGAACUUAUGUUUUUACAAUUAAAGUGAAAGGGAAAAAACUGUACAUUAUGUAAACAGAAAGGCCUCUUUCACCAGAGGUACUGGCAGCUGUUCCUACCACAGGAGUUCAACAGAAUGAACAAGUAAAAUGUGAC